UUUGCAAGGUUAAGGUGGGUUGCAACUUUUUUUUUGAGAGAAAGGUUCGCAAGGUGGGUUGCAACUUACAAGGGUAGACUAGCUUCGUCUAUAAAUGAUAACUCAUGCAAUUUAUUGUGAAAGAAGACGUGCCGCAUUUUAUUUAUUUGGUUCUCCUGUUACGGGGUACUUAGUUUUUACGUGGCUGUUUCGUUUUUAUAUAUGUAGUAUAUGUUACCCGUAGUGUUUUUUUUUUUUUUUUUUACAAAAACCCGUAGUUUUUAGGUUGUACGAAUGUUUUUCAUUAAAUAAAUUUCUUGAUAAAGAAAAAUCGUUUCCAAUCUCAAAUACAGUGUAAAAUAAAAAAAUAUAAAAUAUAAAAAAAAUAAUAAAAAAAAUCCCCAAACUGAAAAAUCAUCUUUCCUCUUUAGGGUUCUUCAAUCACAUUUCGUAGUCCUCUGUCCUAUCUUGGCAAAUCUCACUGUACAAAACUCCCAUUUAAUCAGCUUGCUGUAGGAGUGUGCAGCGUGCAGACUACACACUACGCAAGGAAGUUCAGUUUUAAUGGACACUUUGCCAGAUGCAUUGAUAUGGGACAUUUUAAGUAGGAUUACCCGAACUGAAGAUAGAAACUCUUUAUCUUUAGCUUGCAAGCGCCUCCUUGAGCUUGAAAAUGAGCAGAGACUAUAUCUUCGUGUUGGUUGUGGUCUGAACCCAGCAAAUAAAGCUUUAAACACACUAUGCAACAGGUUUCCUAACCUGAUGAAAGUGGAAAUUGUUUACUCUGGGUGGAUGUCCAAAUUGGGUAAACAGUUGGAUGAUCAAGGGCUUCUUGCUCUUUCAAACAGUUGCCCUUCUCUUGCAGAUCUGACCUUAAGCCACUGCACCUUCAUUACAGACGCUGGUAUUGGUUACUUGGGAUCAUGUUCAGUACUCUCAUCCUUGAAAUUGAUUUUUACUCCUAGAAUAACUGGCUGUGGAAUUCUCUCUGUUGUUGUUGGCUGUAAGAAUCUGAGUGCGCUGCAUCUUAUUCGAUGCUUAAACAUAAGUAGUGCUGAGUGGCUUGAAUAUCUUGGGAAACUCGAAAAAAUUCAAUACCUUGUUAUCAAGAAUUGUCGGGCUAUUGGAGAAGGUGACUUGGUAAAGCUUGGAUAUAGUUGGCGGAAUCUUAAAAUUUUGCAAUUUGAAGUGGAUGCCAAUUAUCGAUACAUGAAGUUAUACGACCGCAUAGCAAUAGACAGAUGGCAAAAGCAAUUGAUCCCAUGUGUUAAUAUGAAGGAACUGAGCUUGAUAAACUGCAUCAUCAUGCCUGGAAGAGGUCUUGCUUGUGUUUUGGACAAGUGCAAUAACUUGGAGAAAAUUCACUUGGACAUGUGUGUUGGACUUAGGGACACUGACAUUGUGGGCUUAUCCCAAAGCUCAAGAGGUCUGCGGUCAAUUUCUCUCCGAGUUCCGUCAGAUUUCUCAGUACCUCUUCUAAUUAGCAAUCGCUUAACACUAACAGAUGAAAGCUUAAAGGCACUGGCAGAAAACUGUCCUACGUUGGAGUCUGUCAGAAUAUCGUUUGCAGAUGGUGAAUUCCCUUCACUUUCGUCAUUUACUUUAGGUGGAAUUCUGUAUUUAAUUAGAAGUUGCCCUCUUCGUGAACUUUCACUGGACCAUGUUUAUUCGUUCAGCGAUGAUGGAAUGGAGGCUUUAUGUUCAGCUUGCUGCCUUGAAUCCUUGGAACUCGUGAGAUGUCAGGAGAUAAGUGACGAGGGCCUACAACUUGUAGCUCAGUUUUCACGAUUGUCUGUUUUGCGGCUUAAUAAGUGCUUGGGUGUCACUGAUGAUGGAUUCAAGCCACUGGUGGGAUCAAACAAAUUGGAUUUAUUGGUAGUGGAAGACUGCCCUCAGGUUUCUGAGAGAGGCAUUCAUGGGGUGGCCAGAAAUGUGUCAUUUAAGCAAGAUUUGUCUUGGAUGUACUGAUCUGUUGUUUGCUCGCUCCACAAGAUUCAGUGAACUUGAGUUGGUAGAGAGGAAAAUUCAUGUUGUCGCUGCAUCACAGGAAGUUAUGUAUCUGUUGUUGACUAGUAGCUUCACGUUGGUCAGAAUUUACUGUAAUAUUGGUGUAUUGUUGAAUAACUAAAGCUCAUAUAUUUAUGGUUGUUUUCUUGUUGGUAGCAUUAUGAGUUUUAAGUUGUUUUUAAGUUGAGUGCCAAACAGCAUGGGGAACUCAGUGUUGGGCAUAACAAUAAGUACAUUAGUACUUCGUAUUACAGUAGAUGCUCAUGUUAGCCAUGUAUGCACGAAUAAUUGUAGUUGCUUGUAAGAAGUAAUUCGUGAUUAUAUAGUGGUUGACGCUUAGUGCUAACCAUCUUAAUAAUCACAUUUUUUAUAUCUAAUACAAUUUCUCGCUCA